ACGAGCAACUUGACCAUUUUUCAAAUAUGGCUGCGCCCAUGGCGCAGACGGGUUCAGUGCAUACUAGCAGUAAAAAUGCCGACAAGAAGACCAAGACAUGUAAAAGCCGACGAGAAACAGCGGUACAAGGCACCAAUGAUAGUUCCAUCGUCAGCAAGUGCUCUAUGGCCGCUGUCGGUUACUUCAGUGACCCGUACCUUCACUGCUUUGUCUCCAAGACGACCAGGAGGUCUCCUCUCAUUCACAGGGGUUAUUACAUUCGAGCAAAGGCUGUCGAUUUUUUCCUGAAAAAAUUCCUUACAUCAUACCCUGAGAAAAAUCAGAUUGUCUCCCUUGGCGCUGGGUUCGACUCCACCUACUUCCGCCUCAGAUCUGAAGGAGUGUUGUCUAGUACAUCGUUUUAUGAGGUUGAUUUUCCUGAUGUGGUUCAGCGGAAGAACUCCUUGAUACAGAACAACAAGGACUUACAGAAGCUGAUUCCUGGGCUACAGUCUCAGGGAGAGAAAGGAAACCCUCUGAUUGAAAUCAACACGGAGGAUUACAAACUUCUUGGGGUGGAUCUAACACAGCUUAACACCCUGGAGGCGUGCUUGAAUCUGUGUGGGGUGGACUGGGACACUCCCACCCUGCUGCUCUCAGAGUGUGUUAUGACCUACAUGACCCGCAGAUGUUCCUCGGCAGUGGUGAAGUGGGCUGGAGAGGCGUUCUCUGAGGCUGUGUUCAUUCUGUAUGAGCAGAUAAAUCCAAAUGAUGCAUUUGGAAAGUUCAUGCAGAAACAUUUCCAGUUGAUUGGCUCUCCACUGAAGUGUAUCAAUGCAUUUCCCACCCUGUGUGACCAAAGGGACAGGUUCUUAAAACUGGGCUGGAGCCGCAGUGAAGCCGCGGACAUGAAUUACUUCUACCGCGAGUUGGUGCCACCUGACGAGCAUCACCGCGUUGAAUCCCUGGAACCGUUUGAUGAGUACGAGGAGUGGCACCUGAAGUGUAGCCACUAUAUGGUGGUGGUAGCCUCCAAUGCCAGUGGUUUCCCCUCAGUGUUGUCUGACAUUGGGACUCCACCCGAGACAGACAGGCCAGGAUGUCUCCCAGUAGAGGGCCGGGUUGGCUGUGACUUAGUUAAAAGGUUUGGACACAGUUCGGUGAUGCUGAGGGACGGACACUCGCUGGUCAGCUUCGGGGGAUUCGGGGAGGAGGCAGGCAAACACUGCAGGAUCCUGGACCUGACCGUAACAGAUAUCAGGACACUUCAGUCCUACGUGGUUCCUGUGAAGGUCAACCCAAGGGAAGUUCAAGUGAGCAGAAUGCAUGACCAGAGCAUCCUGUUGAGGGAUGGAUCCGUGCUUCUGGUGGGUGGAAGGACCUCCCCCAUUCAUAUGUGUACCCAGGUUCUAAAAGUAGAAUUCUCCAGCAAAGAUCCACCAAGCUCAGCUCUGAUCUGCACGAGGUGUGGUCUUAUGGCAGAGGAUGUGUGUCAGCACAGAGAGAACAGUAGUCCCCAAGAGGAUGUGUGUCAGCACAGAGAGAACAGUAGUCCCCAAGAGGAUGUGUGUCAGCACAGAGAGAACAGUAGUCCCCAAGAGGAUGUGUGUCAGCACAGAGAGAACAGUAAUCCCCAAGAGCAAGUUUUUGUGGAGGUAUCCAGUGUUAAAAGUGAAUCCCAUUCAUUUACAAAUAUUUUGUGUCCUUCUAAUAGUGAAAUCCAGGGAGAACACAAUACAGAGGUCAGUGGUGACCAGAGACAAAGCAGAAGACCUCACAGUGUCAAUAGUGUCACCCACAGACCUAGUGAAAUCAGUGAAAAUAGAUUGAUGAAUAGUAAUAAUAAGUGUGGAGAUAAUGGUGCUUGUGAUAAAUGUGCAUGUGGUGGGGGGUUGGGGGAGGGUGCUGUGAGGGUUGAUGGGGGGCAGGGUGGUCAGUAUUCAGGGGUGAGGUUCCAGGAGAUGAAGACGUCGGGGGACAGUCCGUCCCCGCGCUGGAGACACGCCGCUGUGCUGAUUCAUUAUGAAGGUCGUGACUUGUUGUAUUUACAUGGAGGCAGGACAGACAAGGAGCUGGCAUUAGACGACAGUUACCUGUUGGACACACAGACUUUUACCUGGACAAAGAUUGAGGACAAAGGUCCUGGAAGACGGCAAUCCCAUACUGCCUCAGUGUGGGGAGAUCAUGUGAUCAUUGCGGGAGGUAUGGAUCAAGGACUCCGACCUUUAGCGUCUGUGUUCAUGUUCAGUGUUCACACAAGACAGCACACACUGCUGCAGGUUCAAGAAAGCCUCCUGCCAAGGUACUCCCAUACAGCCCACGUGAUUGACAAUCAGCUGAUACUAGUGGGCGGAGUCAAUGUCAAUCACUCAGUGCCGGGCGUGGCUGUCAUUGAUAUUGACAGCAAGAAAGUGAGGGAGUUCUCUAUACCAGUGGAAUAUGGAGAACAGCUGUUGAUGUUACAUAAACACACAAGCUGUUACCUUGGCAACAACAGAAUUCUGGUGAUUGGGGGCGGGGGCAACUGCUUCUCAUUCGGAACUCAUCUGAAUUGUUCUCCAUUUGAAAUAGACAUCAGCCAAUGCUUUGGAGAAAAGUGAUAUAGAAUUAAUUUUUAACAGACAUAAAAUUGCUUGUAGUAAAUGAGGGUGCUUUAUAAAAUGGGAAAGUAUUGUAAUAUAUAAUCGAAGAUGGGUGUAAAUUAAAUGAAGUAUUUAUUCAUAUGAUGAGUUAUUUUUGCUUUAAUUUUGUUGAAGCCCCCAAGUCUUAAAGUAUUAAUUUCAAUACAUGUAUUUUCAGAACACACUAGGCCAAGAAACAUAGUUGUGCAAUAAAGAUACAUGCAGUAGUUUUAUGUAGCCCUUGUCCAACAUAAUUGUCACUAUUACUGGUCAUUAUUUGAUGUCUUUCCUUGUGCCUACAUAAAUAAUGAUGAAAUAAUCACUAGCAUUUAUUAUGAGUCUGUUUGAGUUAGAGUCAGUUUGGAUACGACUUGACCUGAUUCCACAUCGACAAGAGCUGUGCCCCUUUUUCUACAUACAAAAAAAUGUUUAACACUGUGAUUUUAUCAGUAUUCGUUAAUUACCAAAUUUUGUAGAUUUUGUUGCCGAGUUCAAUAACGAUAUGAAUUGUUCUUAGCAGUGCAAUUUUUAAUAACAAAUUGUAUUAAAUAUUACUGGAUCAUUGUCCAAGAAUUAAUGUGUCCUUGAAUCUUAGAUUUUCAUUGAAUUCACAAAAACUGAAUAUUAAUUAAUCAUUACAACACAAAUAGGUUUUUUUCCUUAUAAUUUCAACAGAUAGAUUUUGUCGCAGACCCAAUUUUUCACAAAAUAUUUCUGUUGAAAUUGAUUUUAUAAAGUAAAAAAAUAAUUUGAUAAUUAGAACCAUUUUAUCAAGGCCAUGGACUUUUGAUACGACGUGACUAUCUUUUUCUUGCAUCAAAACAAGUUUUAAAAGGUGACGCUGAAAUAUACACCAUUGCGUAGUCUCUGCUCAAAAACCAGACAAAUCUUUUUGAUUUCAAAGAGUCAUGGAGAAGGCUUACAUAUGGACAUAUGGGUUGCCUGCUGCCUAAU